AUGCAGAACUUUAAAGUCUCAAACAACGAUUUCUCCUUUAAAUCUACUUCUCAUGGAUACAAGUUGGUAUUUUGUGGUUCAACUUAUGUUAAGAAAACGGAGCUCCCGGAGAUUCCUAUAGAUUAUUUCAACAUUCUUGGUUUGGCGUCCAUUGCUGAUGGAAAAUUCCAGCCUAAUGUAUUGGUUGACGUAGUUGGAGGAGUUACUGAAAUUCUGCAGACUCAGAUAAACUCAGAUAACAACAAAAGCAAGUUUGUGUUUAUGAUCACUGACAUGAGCAAAAUUGUCGUGCAGUGUACACUAUGGGUUGGUGUUGAAGGAGGUUUUCCUUUAAAUGUAUCCAAUGCUUGGAGUGGCACAAAGGUGAUCAUUAAUGAUAUUAGUAAUGUUGAAAUUAAGAAGCUGAAGGAUAGCCUAAAUGCUGAAAUGCCAAAGCUUUCUUCAUCAAGUUUGCAAGUUGAAACAACUCAAACCUCACAGUAUUCCGAUUUUGAUAAAUUUAUAUGGAAGACCGAAGUCAUUAGUUUGGCUGAGAUCGCGAUGCUUAAACAAGAAACAACAUGUGUCACCAUAGUGAAGUUGGAGAAGUUUGAAGUUGGUAAUUCCGGUUGGUAUUACGAUGGUUGUGCCGAAUGUACCAAGAGUGUCGCUGUAAAAGAUGGCAAACUUAAGUGCUAUGCAAAUCACAUAAGUUCUGAACCCGUGCCAAAGUAUUCAUUCAUCGUUGUGUUAUGA